GGAACAGACAGAGUAUCCCAUCUAUCACACAACGACGUUACUACAACUUUUCCAAUUGACCAUCAGAGACAUUCUCCAAAGGACAGAUGACUCGGCUUGGCAACACGGUCUUCCAUCUACCACCAACCUACUGAAGCGCAGCUCAGAGGGGGAGGCUGUGCCGAAAUAUCGGAGACAGCCAAGACAGAGCUAAAGGAGAGGAGCAGUGCUUAGAGGACUUACCACUGGGAGACAUAAGCAGCUUUCUAACUCUCUGAAUUGGCCUUCAACAAGUCCAGAUAUCAGUAUGAAGAUACCAGGGGCAACUGCGCCCCCACCAGGGCAGGAAGAUGACUGGGCGCCCCAGGGUCAAGGUAGGAAGAUUCACUUUUGGAAACGCACUGCAACCUAAAGAUUCAUGCCAUGUUUACAGUGAUCAUAUUUUAAAGAAUCACUCUGAUUUUAAAAAAUCACUUCAGGAUGGGGCAGAAAAAAAUCAAGUGUGCUGAAGGAAGUCGGUGCUCCCAUUAUUGAUGAUACCCCAUCCUCCUGUAAAGAUUCAUGUGAUUUUAUGAUUAUCAAUGUAAUUGAUAAUGUAAUUGAUAAUCCUGAUUGUUACCGUAAAUCCUGUCCUGGGUGGGCUGAACUUUCUGAUGUUGCUGUUUUUCAAUUGAUGAUGACACUAAUCAGUAAGGCCAUUCAAACUUGAUUACCGGUUUAGCUGAUUUCAUGUUCAUAUUAAGUGAUGUGUGGGUGCAAAUAAAAUAGAAAAUAAAAAGUGCACCACCUUGUAAAAUUCAACAUCGGGCAACUUUGUCAAAGAUUCUAGCUUCUUGUUGUCACGGCUAAGGUUUUUAAUGGCAGUCACAGUGAUUCGGGUGUGAGUCCUAGUGUGGGAUACCCCCGUUCACCAUUGGUGUCAAAGUGGGAUAACAUCAUUGAAAGCCUGUGCCGGCCGGGUCUGAGGCAAACGUAGCUUUUCAUAAUCUGAUAGGAAGUUGUGUAUCUCUUUACUAGAAGCUUGAGAAUGUAAUUUUUGCUAUAAUCUUGCAAUUUUUCAGUACAACAUCUCAACUUUAUAUUUUAAGAAAUGUGAAACGGGACAGCCGUUAAACUGAUAAUUAAAUGUGUAUGGCCUAAGACUAAGUGACAAGAAAAUAUUCAUUUCCAGGGCCAAGGUUAAUUUGAAAGAUUUGAAAAAAAGUAUAUGAUUUGAAUUACUAAUGAUACAAAUAUUUACUCCACUCGUUUGAACAAAAUAUUCUUCCUCUAUUAUUCACUGGGGUUAAGUAUUCAAUUUGUUCCCAUGUGAAGCAAAUAAGCAAUACAUUUCAUUCGAAUUACAUAAAUGUUUCUAUUUCCUUUUUGCUGUGGAAAUGAAAUGUUGACCUCUUGUGGACGGUUGACUAAAAUGCACCUUGAAAAGCAGCCAACCAAUGUAAUACAAAGUGUAAGAGUGUACACUUAAAACUGGUGUGAAAGUAUACUGACGACACCAAAAAUUAUAAUUGCAAUGUCAUCCAGAAGCAUUCAUUGAUGGAACAGAUGAUAAAUUAUAAAUGGACACUAAAGAUAAUCUUAAAGAAAUUAAUCAACUCUUAUGAAAUUUGAUUUCAACCAUCUCUCCUCUCUGGCAAAUCCAUGUUUUAUCUAUUGGGACCAACAUUGACUCGAAAUAAAAAUAUGGUAGCAAUGUGCUGGGCAGGCAGAGUCAUUUGUAUUGUGCUGUAAAAUAACAUAUUUUUAGAGGCUUGAACUGGGAAAUUGUUUUGGAGAUUUUGGUACUAUAAAACGGGUGUAUUGAAGACUUUUUACCCAACGAGCCUCUACCACAUGUCCUGUGUCUGUCUUUUAGCAAAUGUCUUUUAGAAAUGCCUGCUUCUACAAUGUCCCUAUUUUUACCUUGUUUGUCAUCAUUUGUAGGUCUUCUUGUAUUUUGUAUGUACUGUGUAGCCCACUGAGACAUAUUUUAGCAUAUGUCUGCCUUUUCUGUCAGUGUUAACAAACUGGGCACACACUGGUCGAACCAACGUUGUUUCCACGUUAUUUCAAUAGAAUGGAAUAGACGUGGAAUAGACAUAAAGGAAUAGACGUUGAAUUGACAUCUGUGCCCAGAGAGACGACUAAGCAGUGCCAGUUUGUCAGCAUUUUGUUCUGUUGUCUGCCUCCAUUCAUGUGCGGCAUAUGCUUUUACUAGCAGAAGAUGACUGGGCGCCCCAGGGUCAAGUGGCUAUUAAAAGAAGAUCCAGAGUCCCUGGAGUUAUGAUAACACAGUUUGUGGAGGAAGUACCAGAGGGCAUGUCCACCCCCGACUUCACCCGCAAGCCCAUCGCUUUGACGAUCCAAGAGGGUAAAUUAGCCUUUUUCAAAAGUAUGGUAAGCGGAGUGCCUAAACCAAACAUCACCUGGGCCAGGAACAAAGGCCCGCUGGAGGAUCCAGUGAAGUAUAUCAGUAGAUAUGAUGAGACUAUGGAAGAAUAUUUUCUUGAGAUACCUAAUGUAAGAGCAGAACAAGCUGACACCUACAAAUGUUUUGCCGCCAAUGAAUAUGGAAGAGCAGUUUGCACUGCCACCUUGAAUGUUAUUGAGGUUGGAUUCAAGAAGAAAGCGACAACAGGUCCAAAAAGAGCAGCACCAGAGGAUUUCAGAAAAAUGCUUAAGAGGAAGGUUGUACGAACUAAACCACAACUAAAGAAGAAGGAUGGAGAGAUUGAUCCAAAGUUCUGGGAGGUGUUGCUGAGCUCACCUAAGAAGGACUACGAGAAGGUCUGUAUGGAGUAUGGAGUCAGUGACUUCCGCUGGAUGCUGAAGCAGCUGAACUUAAAGAAGAAAGAGAGAGAGGAGGAACAGGCAAAGGUUGUUGAAAAACUUGAAAAUCUUAAACAUAUUGAGGUGAAAACAGAUGGCUCAGCAGAGUUUGAACUAGACAUGGAACUGAAGAAUCCCAACAGUCAGGUUUUCCUAUUCAAGGAUGGGGUAAUGGUUCCCUAUUCUGACGACGGCAGCGGAAAGCACAACCUAAACAAAAUUGGCAAAAAGUAUAUCUUUAGCAUCAAUGACCUGAUGCCAGACGACGCUGGGUUGUACCAGGUGGACGUUGAGGAUGCCAAUUGUUUCUCAACUGACUUUAAGAUUAUACCAGUGGAGUUUGUGGUCAAGAUUCAGGAGGUGAAGGCUAAGGAGAGAGAGGAUGCCAUGUUUGAGUGUGUCUUGUCCCACCCCUUCCAAAAGAUUGUGUGGACUGGAAAGAAGAUCCCUCUCGAACAAGGGGACAAGUUUGACAUCACUGUGUCAGAAGACCACCUCAUUCACAGCUUAAAAGUGAAAGAUUGUGCCCAAGUCGACAAAGGAGUCUACACUGCCAUGGCUGGCAUUACCUCCUGCAACGCUUGGCUUAUUGUGGAAGCCGAUAAUGACCCAAACAUGCGUGGGGGAAAAGCGUCCCGUAAAACCACCACGGCUGGUGGUGGAGGAGAGAACCUGGCUAAGAUAGCCGCAGAGCAGUCCGCUAAGCUGCAGAAGGAAAAGGAUGACCUGGAUGCAGCCAGACGGGCCCAAGCAGAGAAGGAUGCUGCGGAUGCAGCCAGACGGGCCCAAGCAGAGAAGGAUGCUGCGGAUGCAGCCAGACGGGCCCAAGAAGAGAUGGACCCUGCGGAUGCAGCCAGACGGGCCCAAGCAGAGAAGGAUGCUGCGGAUGCAGCCAGACGGGCCCAAGCAGAGAAGGAUGCUGCGGAUGCAGCCAGACGGGCCCAAGCAGAGAAGGAUGCUGCGGAUGCAGCCAGACGGGCCCAAGCAGAGAAGGAUGCUGCGGAUGCAGCAGGAGCCGGAGCAGGUGCCGGAGAGGGGGAUGGAGAAGGACAUGGAGGUAAAGGUGUUCAAUUCCUUAAUGGACUGGCUGAUAUUACUGGCAGCCUCGGGGAAACAGCAGAACUGUCCUGCAAACUGAGCCAUGAGAACUGUAAGGGAGUCUGGCUUAAAGACGGGCAACUACUAACCAAUGAGGAUGGGCUGAAAAUCAUCCAAGAUGGAGCCAGUCACAAGCUGGUAAUUGAAAACUGUAAAAAAGAUGAUGCAGGAGUCUAUUCAUUUGAGGUGGAUGGUCAUAGAUCUGAGGCAAAGUUCACUGUUUCAGAUCCAGGUGCUCAAUUUGUUGGAUGCGGACUUUCUGAUAUCGAAGUUAAAUUUGAUGAAACAGCAGAGCUGUCCUUGACACUAAGCAGUCCGAAUGUUGAGGGGUUCUGGUUUAAAGACGGGAAAGAGGUAGCUCGUGGUGACAGGGUGAAAAUCAUCAAAGAAGGAGCUAAUCACAAGCUGGUCAUUGAUAACUGUAAAAAAGACGAUGCAGGAAUCUACCACUUUGAGGUGGAUGGUCGUAAAUCCAAGGCAACGCUCACUGUGCAGGGUGCUCAAUUCAGCAUUGGACUGUCUGAUGUCGACGUUAAGCUUGACGCAACAGCAGAGUUACUCUGUGAAGUGAGCAGUCUAAACAUUGAGGGGGUCUGGUAUAAACAUGGAAAACAGGUAACUCCUGAUGACAGGGUGAAAAUCAUCACAGAUGGAGCCUGUCACAAGCUUGUCAUUGAUUGCUGUCGAAAAGAUGAUGGAGCAGUCUAUCGCUUUGAGGUCGAUGGUCGUAUAUCAGAGGCCACACUCACUGUUCAGCCUGUUCAAUUCAUUUUGGGAGUGGCUGAUGUCCAAGUUAAAAUCUGCACACCAGCAGAGCUGUCCUGCAAACUGAGCAGUGCAAACUGUAAGGGGAUCUGGUAUAAAGACGGAUUUCAGGUACCUCCCGAUGACAGGGUGAAAAUCAUCAAAGAAGGAGCCUGUCACAAGUUGGUCAUUGAUAACUGUAAAAACGACGAUUCAGGAGUCUAUCGCUUUGAGGUGGAUGGUCGUAUAUCUGAGGGAUCACUCACUGUGCAGAACCCGCCAACAUUCAACAUGGAUUCUCUGAGAGAAUUCUCUAAGCCGGUCAUUGUGAGAGCAUGUGAAACGGCUGAGUGGAAAUUGGCCUUUUCGGGUGGUGACCCAAUGAAGAUCAAGUGGAUCAAGGAGGAUGAGGAACUCCUGGAAGGCCUCAAUGUCAAGAUAGAACAGACUGACAUAAAAGCCGUCUUGUGUAUUACCGAUUGUCAAAGGAGGAACUGUGGAGAGGUCAAAAUCAAUAUAAAAAAUGACUAUGGUACAUUGGAAGCCACAUCCAGACUGAUUGUUCUUGACAAACCCACACCGCCACAAAGACCUGUGGAAAUUGUGGAAACUUCUCUAACCGCCAUUGAAUUCAAAUGGAAACCCCCAAAGGAUGACGGUGGCUGUCCAGUCAAACACUACAUUUUGGAGCGCCAGCAGGUGGGGGGAAGCAAGACAUGGACAAAUGUAGGGGAGCUCCCAAAUGACCCCCUUAAAUACAGGGAUACUAAUGUAAAGCCUGGGAAAAGAUACUGUUACCACAUCAGAGCCAAGAAUGAGGAGGGAGUCAGUAAUGCGUUGGAGACAGAGGACAUCCAGGCUGGCAUAUUGUGUUACCCAGGACCCCCUUCGGCACCCAAAGUGGUCAGUGCCUUCAAGGACUGCAUCAACCUGGUUUGGUCUCCCCCUAUCAACACUGGAGGAACUGAAACUUGGGGUUACAACCUUGAGAGACGCAAGAAGGGAAGCAACUUUUGGAGCCCUGCAAACCUAGAUGGGCCUAUCAAAGACACAACGUUUGCAUUGAAAGAUGUUAUUGAGGGAGCAGCUUAUGAAUUUCGAGUGUCAGCUAUUAACAUCUCUGGUGUCGGCGAGCCCAGUCCUCCCUCUGUUAUAGUCUUUGCCAGAGAUCCCAAGAAACCCCCUGGUAAAGUCAUAGACCUUAAGCUAACAGAUUCCAGUUACACCACGUUUUCUCUGGCUUGGACUAAACCAAAGGAGGUGGAAGGGGUGGAGGAUGAGGCCAAAGGCUACUUUGUGGAGAUCAGACCAAAUGAGAGCCCAGAGUGGACUCGCUGUAACAUCAACCCCAUCAUCUCCACCUCCUUCAAUGUGAUUGGCCUGAAGGCAAUGGGAAUGUACUGGGUGAGAGUGAUCGCCACAAACGAUGGAGGCGAGGGCGAGCCCCAAGGCUUUGAUAAUUACAUCAUCGCCAUGCCUCCUCCUGUGAGGCCACAAUUUACAGGAAAAAUGAAGAGCUUCAUGGUUGUGAGAAAGGGGAAUACUGUACGGUUCAACAUCAACUUUGAGGCCUCUCCUUUGCCAGAUAUCUAUUGGUUGAAGGACUGCGUGCCUCUAUCCAAACGUGUCACCAUCACGAACUCUGACCGAGGUUCACAGCUUCUGAUCCCCACGUCAGAGCGUUCUGAUACGGGCAUCUUUACCAUCAUUGUCAAGAACAUGGUCGGUCAGGAGACAUUCAGUGUCGAGAUCCGAGUCACAGAUGAUCCCAAGCCUCCUGGCCCGGUGGAGUUGGAACAGAAUGUUCCUGGAACAGUGACUGUGACCUGGACUCCCUCCCCAGAUGAGAAGAAGGAUGACAGGCUGCACUACGUUGUGUACAAACGUGACUCUGUCAAGCGCACCUGGAGGAUGGUCGCUGACAGCCUCUUCAACCAUAAGUUCACAGUUAUCAACAUUCUACCCGGUAGAGAGUAUAACUUCAGAGUGUUUGCUAAGAAUGACAUGGGCCUCUCAGAACCUGCUGUGUCCCCUACAUGGAGAACCACAAGGGGAAAAGAUAAGUUCAUACUGGACAUGCCAGACGUAAAGGGCUUGGAUCUUCAGUGUCCACCAUCGUUUUUACUCCGAUUGAAAAUCCGCACCGCUCCACCAGGCUACGAGUGCUACAUGAGCUGUGCUGUACGAGGGGAUCCAAAACCCCAUGUCACAUGGUACCAUAACAACGUCAGCCUCAACACCAACACCAACUACCUUAUCACCAACGUGUGUGGGGUCUGCACAAUGCUCAUAUUGAAGAUCGGACCCAAGGACAGCGGUGACUACAGUGUCAUCGCAGACAGUCCCUUGGGCAGGGCAGAGUGCUCCACCAAGCUCACAGUCAGAGAGUGAAGAGGUCACCCAGAUGAUUGAUUGGCAGCAGCUGGCAACACAAACUUAUGUAUUGAUCAUAGUCUUCAAAUAGACUCAGUGUUGUGUGUGUGUGGAGGCUCAGAUGCCCUUUUUCUUUUUUCAAAAUGGUGCACUCUUAGUUUUCUAUGUGCUCACAUGUAAUGUGUUCUUCUGUUUAUUCUAGUUGUUAAAACAUUGCAAAGCAUGAAAUGAACAUGACAAGACAAACACAUAUCACUAACUUUUGCGAAAGUGUCUUUAUAUAUAUAUAUAUAUAUAAGUAAGGUGAAGAGACAAAUGUACAUAGGCUACAUAUCUUGCAUAUGGAAAUUAGUUUAGCCUAUUCAUUUAAUUAAUAUGGGGAUUCCGUAUAAUAUUGGUAAUUAAGAGUGAUAUUAUGUGUAAUUGUCUUUCAAUUCGUUAUACAGAUGUAUCAAUCUGUUCAUAUUUGAAUCAAAUUAUAUUUAAGUAAGUUACAUUUGUCAUUUAGCAGAUCCUCUUACUCAGUGACUUACAGGUUAAAUAAAGGUCAAGUGCUUUGCUCAAGGGCACCUCAACAGAUUUUUCACCUAGUCAGCUCGGGGAUUCAAACCAGCGAACUCUCACUUACUGGCCCAACGGUCCUAACCGCUAGGCUAUCUGCCACCUUUCAGGCCCUUUUUCACAACACACUUGAUGUCAUGCACAGAUUGUGAGCGACUCUUGGCAGCAGUAAGAAAACCAUCACCAUCUGCACCCAUUCAACAUAACCUAGAGUUACGUUUCUAUUACUUCUUAACAAAACACAAUUUUGGGUUCUCAUACACUUACAAUUAUGUUUUGAUUAUUGCUUGAACAGUCAAUAAGAUUAUAUUUGGUUGUGAUCUUUGCAAAAUAACUAUUUUGGAUUCAGCAGUUGUUAGCAGUUGUUAGCUAUAAUACUAACGGUCAUUGAGAAAGGCUGUAGCAAAAGCUAGCCAAAGAGAUAUUUUACUGGUCAAAGUUUAAGUGUUUUUUAAAGUAUAAUGCAUUUGAUUUGCGAUGAUGACACAAACAUUAUAUUAAGCAGGACAUGCAUACUGUAUGAGCCUUAAAAUCCAAUUAUAAUCCAAAAGUAGUGUGAAAUGGACUCAUGAGAAACAUGUAAAUGGAGGCUGGUGUUCUGGUGUUCUGACAACUCCCCCGUGUUCUGCCACCAACUUGCGAGCAUCGUGUGGCAAUGUUUGCAAACACAGAAAGAGGUCUAUAAGUUUAAGUUUUAUUGUCACGUGCACAUACACCACCAUUCAUCCACAAGUGUUGGUUAACUACCAGACAGAUUUGGUGUCUAUGCGCCAGAAUCUUGCAAUCUUGCAAGGCUGUGUAUUUACAUAAUUAUUCUGAAAGAAAACAGUGCUGCCACAAAAGUAUACAUUAUGGGGACAGCUAAACAGUGUUGCCUCAUCAACAGCUCAAUUAAAACGGUGCCCCCUUGGGGAAGCCCCUCCCAUCAGCACAAACUCAUUAAUUAAUUAAGCAAUCAUAAACAAGCGUACACUUUCUACUCAGCUAAACAUAUCAUGAAUUAUCUUCAUUGAACCGUUGCAAUCGGUUUAUCAUAAUACAAUAUAGCACAAUAUAUAAUACAUAUACACAACCCCAUCACUUCUGACAUGGUGUCUUCCAAUACGCCCAUUCACAUGAACACGCAAUUCAGAACAGGUACUACAAAUCCAGUUGAUUGCUGUAGCUCGGGUCCUUAUUCCAGCAUACCCGGAAGCUACUGUCACGGAUCCCAGGUACUGCUGCUCAUUCUGUUCACCAGUUCCGGAGGUCAACAUCACCAUCCUUCUAGGCUUCACUGAACUGGAUCAUUACCACCAGAGACAAGACCGUCUGUCUUGUCUGAUUACGCACACCUGGUUCCCAUUUCCCCUGAUUAGUAUGUUAUAAUUGUGCCCUCUGUUCCCCUUUGUCCUUGUCGGUUAUUGUUCCCAUGUCUGUUGGUCCUGUGAGUUGUUUCAGCUUUUGUGCUGCGUGUCUUAUGCAUGACGGGGUCUCGGCCUGUGUCGUUCUACGAGGUUUACCCUCGCUCUUUAGUAUGGGUACAUCUCAGUGUUUUGUAAAAGUGCUUGUUUUGGGUAUAUAAAAAAAAACAUGUAUUCCUG